AAACCCUCCAAAGCCUCCUGACUCACUAAAUCAGCGCAUUUUUCAGCAGAGUGUAUUGUGAGGUCGCAGGUCGAGAGGAUGACUGCUCGAGUGUGCUUCUCGUUGAUUGCCGUUUUAUUUUGUGUCUCUGUUUGUUUGAGCACAAGGGACACUGAAGGAGCAGCCACAGCAGAACCAGCAAAGCCAGGAGUGUGUCCUAGAAAAAAUCUUGAAGUAGCAGUGUCAGGAGUGUGUGUAGGGUCGUGUUCCUAUGACCAUGACUGCCCAAACAAUCAGAAAUGCUGCCGCAGUGGAUGUGGACGUCAGUGUAUGCCUCCAUAUAAUGCUGGACCAGCAAAGCCAGGAGUGUGUCCUAGAAAGGAUCUUGAAGCAAUGUUAGGAGUGUGUGCUGAGAUGUGUUCUCAUGACAGUGACUGUCCAAAUGAUGAGAAAUGCUGCAGCAAUGGAUGUGGACAUCAGUGUAUGCCUCCAUAUAAAGGACCAGAAAAGCCAGGACUGUCCAAAAAAUCCUGAAAUAGCGCUUUUAGGGGAGUGUGUUGAGAGGUGUUCUCAUGACCGUGACUGUCUAAAAGAU